AUGAUUGUGUUAAAAAAAGUUGAUGAAAUAGUGCAUUUCAUUCAACAAAAAUAUCCAACAAUGGAAUUUGAUGGCAUAGGUGUAUCUCACGAAGCAAUAAGUGAUAUUUGUAAUGUGAUAUUAAAAAAAGGUAAAUGCAAUAAAGCUAAAAAAAAUUUAGUUAUGACAUUGAACAAUGCAAACUCAGCUUUGAGGAAAUCAUUAAGAGCAAAAACAGAAAAUAAUACAAAUUUGCGUAAACAGCUUGAAGAUAAUGAUUACUCGAGAAAUGAUUUUUGUACAUAUACAACAGAAAUUGCUAAUUUAGUAUGCAAGCUAUCAAAAGUUAAAUGUGAUCGUAGAAAUCAAAUCAGAGUAUUCAAACGUUGUCAGUUAAGUUUUAAAGAAAAUGAAGCUUGUACAAGUUCUGAUGUAUCAUCUCAAACGAACAUGUUAGAUAAAGAUAAUCAUAUAAAUGUAAGUUCAGCAGUAUGUGUAAAGAGAAAACUAUUUAUAGACAGUUCUCUUCAAAACUAA